AACUAGAGAACAAAACAGCAUCUUAAGUAAGCAAACACACACACACACACACAUAUAUAUAUAUAUAUAUAUAUAUUUGUAUGUGCCAGAACAAAACAGCAUCUUAAGUAAGCAAACACACACACAUACAUAUAUAUAUAUGUAUUUGUAUGUGCCCUUACUUCACAAGUGAAAGUAUGGCAACUCUAGCAACAAUCCCUUGUAAUAAAACUUCGUCCCUCCAAAAACACUUGUCCAUUUUCCACCACCCUAACUGCAAGAUUAUCUGCAAUGCCGCAAACACAUCCAUUUCUCUUCCCCUCAGCCCACAAACCAAUCGCCUCCCCAACUUCCAUUUUCAAGAAUACAUGAAAACAAAAGCAAAUAAGAUAAACAUAGUCCUAGAUGCAUCAGUCCCACUCCAAAACCCCAUCAAGAUCCAUGAAUCCAUCAGAUACUCCCUGCUCGCCGGUGGCAAACGCGUCCGGCCGAUUCUUUGCCUUGCCGCCUGUGAGCUCGUUGGAGGGCAUGAGGACACGGCCAUCCCCAUGGCUUGUGCGGUUGAGAUGAUCCACACGAUGUCGCUCAUCCACGACGACCUCCCGUGCAUGGAUGAUGAUGAUUUACGACGAGGCAAGCCGACGAACCACAAGGCUUUUGGCGAAGAAACAGCAAUCCUUGCCGGUGACGCCCUAUUGUCCCUUGCAUUUGAACAUGUUGCUACCAAGACUACAAAUGUGGCGCCUCAGAGAGUGGUUCAGGCCAUUGCGGAGUUGGGUUCAGCCAUCGGGACAGAAGGGCUCGUUGCUGGGCAGAUGGUGGACAUAUUGAGUGCGGGAAAGGAGGUGAGUUUGGAUGAGUUGGAGUAUAUUCAUGUGCACAAGACAUCUAAGCUUCUUGAGGCUGCUGUGGUUUGUGGCGCAAUCAUAGGUGGAGGAGACGGAAUAGUUGUUGAGAGACUAAGGAAGUAUGCAAGAUGUAUAGGGCUGCUUUUUCAGGUGGUGGAUGAUAUCUUGGACGUCACAAAGUCGUCGAAGGAGCUGGGGAAGACAGCCGGAAAAGACUUGGCGAGCCACAAGGCAACAUAUCCAAGGCUGAUGGGACUGGGGAAGGCCAAGGAGUUUGCCCAACAACUGGUGGGUAACGCCGUGGAGGAGCUGCGCCACUUUGAUGCUUCGAGGGCAGCACCAUUGUAUCAUUUGGCUGGUUACAUAGCUUCCCGCCAGAACUAAUCUAUGAUUGCUGGGUAGAUAGAUACUUGCUGAAAUUCUAAAGAAUGAUAAUUUGCAAUAUUUCUUUACUGCAUCUUAGAAAUGGAAAAUUUCAGGCGAUGUGAAUAGCAUCUUUGGUGAAACUUUUAUGAAUCGAGACAGUUCUUUCAACACCAUUGGAUUUGAAUG